AUGUCUGUUUUUAAGGAAUUGAUUAAUGAUGAAGAUGAUAAGUAGGGAUUAGAAGAAUUGGAUGAAGGCUAAUUAAUUUUUAAAUUGAAAGUGUAGAAAAUAAGAGUGAGAUUAUCAAGGGAUGACAUAGUAGACAAAUGGAAUCUGGAUAAGCUAAAGAAGACCAAUUACUAUGAGUUAGAAUUAGAUUAGCUGAAUUGGUUGAUGACCAAAGAAAUCAAUCAAUAGUAGGUUACAUCUGUCAAGUAAACGAGAAUUGAGAUUCCAACUAUUUAACUCUUUCAUUAUGAGUAUUGCAGAUUAUUCCCUGAUAAUUCAGUUAAUGAGCAGUAGAAGGAGGAUGAAAGUCAGGAAAUAUUUUAGAGUAUUAAGGACGAAUAUUCCAGUAACUCGUAAACUCAAGAAAGUCAAAUGUUCCAUUCUUGUUACAAUUUGAGUUAGAAUGAUGUGUUAGAGAAGAUAACGUCGAAGAAGAAUGAAUUGCAAAAGGAAUAAGGCAAUUAUUACUAUAAAAAGAAGUGUUUGGUUAGCAUUUAUAGUGGGGCAAAGGAGGAAAAACAAUUAAUCACAAAAAUAGAUAACCAAUUCAUAUAUUCAAAUUCCAAGAUCAUCUCUUAUGGAAAUGGUCUGUAAAUUUAAAUGCAUCAUUAGAAUAAUUCUUAAGCCAUCUCUAUCAAACAGAUUGACAUUAAUGUUAAUAUCGACGAAAUCUUGGAAUUUGUGUAGAUAUUAAAAAUCAAUUAUGAAAAGAAGCAAAUCAAGAGUAUCCCCAAUUUAAAUCUAAUUACAAUCCAUCAAAUUCAAUUUGAUGUCCAAAUUCAAGAAGUAGAUUAUGUGGAUUUCUAUUAUUUAUAACAAAUCAUAAAGAACGAUCCCAACAGCAGCAGUGUGAUACAUUAAUAAUAGAAGAUUUCUUUCUUCACUUUCAAUAUUAUUGAUCUCCAAAUACAAUAGUCCAAUUCUGGGUUCAUUACGUUUAAUUCAAUCACCUGUUUGAAGAAGGAGUACGAUAGAAUCAAAUCAUAAUUUCAAGAGGAAACCAUAGCUGAAAUAGGAGCACAAGACCAUGCCUAAAUUUUAAUCAGACCUAUAAUUAAACUCAUGGAGACAAAGGAAGUAAGAGUGGCAAUACCUAAGGUUGAGAUUUUCGUGAAUAUGUCUUACAUGGAAUAUGUAAAGACACUAUUUACAGUCAUUAAAGAUUUUCAGAAGAGAUUGCUGGCCCUGAGUAACGAAUCAAAAGAGAAUAAAUAAAUCAUCAAAUUACUCUUCGAUGAAAUAAUUGUCAAGAUUAAUUUGGAAUAACAAGCCAAUUCCCAUCAAGCUAGAUUUAUUAUACAUGCAUCUAAGUUGGCUGCAGAAAUCAUCGGCAAAGAUGAGAUCAUGUUAACAUUAUACAAUUGCCUGAUCAUUGAUACUAAUUGGAAUUCCAAGAGACCAAAACAAGAUAUCCCAAUAUAUGGCAGUCCCAACGAUGCAAAAACAGAAUAGCCUUUUUAAAUAUUGCAUUUUAGAAGAUAAAAGUAUUAAGCCAACUAAGUCUUGUUCUAUAAAUAAGAGCGUUUCAACAGAGAAGGGUUCAAAAGUCUAGUGCAAAAUGAAACCAUUAAAUCAGAACCAAAUAUGGCUUUUCAAUAUACGACUGUCAAAUUGAAAGCUAAUAAGUACAUAAACCCAGAUUGCUUGGAUGCUUUGUAUGGCAAGACUAAUUUGCUUUCAAUCAAAAUCAACAAAGAUAAGAAAAUCGAAAUCCAAUACCAACAUGGGAUCAUCCAAGUAGAUGAAUAAUGGAUUGACACUAUCACAACCAUCAUAGAUUUAGCUAAGAAAUGGGAAUAAACUUUAAUCCUAAAUAAGAGCAAUGCAACUCAAACCAAACCUAUCCCCAAUUUUACACUGAGUGUUCAAAACAUAUGGCUGAAUUACUUACCAACAUACAGAAAGUCAACGUUGUUGAAAUAGUACUUAUAGAAGAAAGAACCAAUCAAAUCAUUAAUUGCUAUAUAAUCCGAGUAGUUAUAUUACUCUUGGAUCCGAGUUCUACUCAGAAUCAAGAGUGCCACUGUAUCAAGUGAUUUACAAGCCCAUUUGAGUUCUGCAUAAAUAUACGUGAAGAGUACAUCCAAAGAAAUCAAGCAUGCUAAUUUGAGCUUCUUAAAUCCCAUAUUAUUGGUGCCUCCUCAAAUUGGACUCUUCGAUGAAAAUAGAAAGUUCUCUGAUGGGUUCCAAAUAGACAAGGAUGAGUAAGGGUUGUUGAGACUUCUUUGUUUUUAGAAGUUAUUCAAGAUCAAAGGAGUCACAGUCUCAGGGAAAACCAUCAACAUCGGUCAAAUAAGUGGGAAUCUCAAGAAGGAUUCGAUCAUUAGUUUAUGGGAUAUUACAUCGAUGACUAUAGACAGGAUAAAGAAGAUUAUUCCUGAAUAAGAAAAUGAUAAAUAAAUUAGGUUUCUGCAGGAUGGACACUAAUACAAUCCUUCUGAGAAUAUGAAUAUUUUUGAGGAUGAUGAAAUUGAACUACCAAAUAAAGAAAACGUUCCGAAUGAAAAAUAAUUUGAAAUAACACUCAAGAGUUUUGAAAUCAAAUUGACUGUUGGUUAACAUUUUCCCCCUGAAGUGUUUAGUGACAAUAAUCCUUUCAAUACGGAAUGCUAGUUGCAUAAUCAAGAACAAUACUACCUUGAACACUCAAAUUUAUUACAAUUAGAGGAGUUUCCACAAGUAAAUGAUCAACAAUGCAGUUCCAUUCUAUUUAGUAUGAAAGAAUUGAAACUAGUAUGUUGUGGACCCUCAUAAAAAGAAAUCAAUCAAUUUUAUUUGACCUUAUUGCAUUUGUAAAUUGCAGACAGGAUCUAGAAUUCAAAAUUUUCUAAAUUGAUUGGUAAAGAACCUAAUCAUGAUGAAUAGAAUUUUGCCUAUGUCUUCUAUUAGAUUGACAAAAAAAAUAAUACUAUUGAUUUAGAGGCUAAAUUUGUUCCAAUAAGAGUUUGUGUCUCUGGAGCGGCAUUAGAGUUUUUAUAGGAAACCAUGAACAGCAAUGAACAAUUGAGUCCGAAGAUUGAUUUGCUGAGUAAAUUAAAUGUAGGAAAUGACAAAGAGUCCAUCAUUGAAUUCUGUGUGCAGGAAGGCUAUUAAGUGACAUUCUCCAGAAUCAGUGAGUUAAAAAAAUCAAUAAAAGUCAACUUUUUGAAUAUUGAACGAGUCUAUUGCUACAUAACAUUCGAUGGGAGUGGUGUUAAAUUGGAUGGGAAAUUGAAAGGGUUAGUUCGUUUGACUUCGUAUGACAGUUUAUUUAUAUUCUUGAAGAGGGCUCAAAUUCAUAAUUUGGUGUUUGAGAAUGAAAGAGAUCUCAUCAAGUUUAUGUUUGAAUAAUACCAACAUCUCAUAAGGAAUGAUUCACAAUUAAUUUCUAAAUUGAUUCUUUCCUUUAAAGCCUUCCAAAAUGUAACCAAUAUAGUGCUGGGAAUCUAAACUAUGUUUAUGACAAUAAUAAGACAAGGAAUAGUUACAGGAGUGUGUUCAGGAUCCAUUCCAUUAGCUAAGGCACUCGGAGAUGAAAUCGUGUAUUUGGCCAAGAAGCCCAUUGAAGUGUGUACCACAAUGACUGAGGGUAUUGGAUUAAAAGUGGCAAACGUGGUCUUUAGUCCUAUUGAAAGGGUGUUGGACUAAUUUUAAACAUUGGUAUUUGAAUAUCUGAAUUAUUUUUAGACGACGAGUGAUAGAAUCCCCAAGGAGUUCCUUAAGAAAAAUAAUCCAGACUAAGGCAAUUCAUGA